AUGUUUGAUAAAGGUGUCCAUUUUAGGGAUAACGUUGAUUCUUAAAGUCGAAGCAGGACUCAAAAAUCAAUUCUGAGUAGCUAUUCAAUUAAGUAGAAUUAUAGAGAGUCUAUUAAUGAAACUUUAAACAGCGAUGUAAGUGCAAUAGCUAAAUUAAGUGACUUUAAAGAUUUACUAAUUGAGGCUAGAACUAUUAAUACAACAGAAAAAGGAUUAAAAAGUAUGAAAACUUACAACAAAUUAACGCUGCUUAGAUAAUUCUCAUUUGUAAUAUUAAUCCUAUUAGCUUUUUUCGAAAGGCCAAUUUGGUGCACUAAUCAAUAUAAUGAUUAUUGUAGAGUAUCGCCAGAGGGAGUAAGGAUACCUACUUCAAACAUUCCCUACAUUUAAAUACAAUAUUAUUAUCCGAUUGAAAUACUUGUUGUGUGUUUUUUGACUUACAAUAGGUAUUUAAACUAGUCCUUUCUUAAAGUUAAUAAAUAAAAGUAUUGGUUUUAUACAAUUAUUACGAUUACAUUAGUUCUUAUUACUGAAGAUAUUGUUAAAGCAACGUAUGAUGCCUAUCCUAUAAACAUUUCUUUAUUUCUAAAGCCUCUUUACUUCAUUUCAUUUAACCGCAUUUUGAGGAGAACCAUAAAGAUAUAUGCAAAGAUCAUUUAAAAAGUUCUUCCUAUAUUUAUAAUAAUUGCCUUAAAUAUAAUGUUUUUUGCUCUUUUGGGAAGAAUUAUUUUUUACAACUAACAAAAUGAAAACUACUUUGAUAACUUUUUCGAUUCUUGGUUUAACUUUACAGUGUUAUAAACUACAAGUAAUUUUCCUGAUGUUAUGAUGCAGUAUUACAACGAACACAGAUGGGCUCCUAUCGUAUUUGUGACAUUUCUAUUAAUAAAUCUUAUUUUGUUACUUAACACAGUUUUGGCUGUUUUCUACUCAAAUUAUAAAAAAGAAAUGGAAAAUGAUACUAAAAAAUUCUUCUUCAAAAACAAAGAAAAAAUUCAUGAAUAUAUUAAUAAAUACAUAAUAACAAAUCCAAAUAAAGCUUUAAGUAAAUAAAAUUAGCAACUUCUACAAAGUUUCUUGAAAUUUCAUGUUAGAAAUUAGCACUUCUCAGCAAGUGAAUAAUUCAAACUUUCAUAAGAUCUUGAAAUUAAGACAUAUUCUAAGUCAUGGAUUCUAAGAUUAUUUAGAAGUUUUCAAUGGAAUAUUUUUACAGGCUGCUUGAGCUUGUUUAACUUUACAGUUUUGUAUAUCAUGGUACCAUCUUUGUCAUAAAAAACAGAUUUGGAUUUAUGGGCUAAUGUGAAUUUUUGCAUUAAUCUAGUUUAUUUCUUUGAAUAAUUGAUUCAGCUCAUCAUAUUUUCAAAAAAAUACUUCAAGGUUAAGAAAUACUAUAUUUUUGACUUUUUUGCUUCGAUAGUUAUAAUUACUUUAUUAUUAAUAUAUUAUUUUACUGGAGAAGACAGUGUAUUGCCUUACUGCAUGUACUUAAUAUGCACUAGAUUAAUUAGAUUUAUUUUUAUCUUAUUUAAAUUCGAGUCUAUCAAAACUAUUUUUAGAACUGUCUAUGAGUUUGUUCCUUUGUUUGUGAACUUAUUUGGUGUUCUCAUCAUCAUGUUCUUUUUUUUUUCAGCUUUAGGACAACAUAUAUUUGGUGGAAAGAUGACCUAUAGCUAUCAAGCAUAAAUAGAUGAAGAAUUACAUACUGAAUAUUAUGUUUUAAAUAAUUUCAAUGAUUAGGCUACUUCUCUAGUAUUGCUUUUUGAGUUACUAAUUGUCAAUAAUUGGAUGCUUAAUGUCUAAGCUCACUAAAUUAUCAUGGGAACAAAAAAUGUGAGAUAUUUCUUCAUACUGUGGUAUAUCGUAUCUGUUGUAGUUUGUAUGAAUAUUAUGGUUGCAUUUAUUAUAGAUCAUUUAGUCAAUAAGUUUAACGACUCUGAUAAUUAAAAUGAUUCUGCUUAUAAUUAUGUGCAAUAAUAAAUACAUGAGUAAAAGUAAUUGAACAAGCAACAUUCUUUAAAGUUCUCUAUCUUCUCUUAAUAAUCAGAAGAUAUUUUUCAAGAAUAGCGAAAUACAUUACCACACAAUAAUGAUUUUUCCAAGUAAAGUAUUUAAGCCUUAGAUGAAGAAGACGAAGAAGAAGAAGGAUCAUAUGAAUGA